AGCUUGACCAGCUAUCAGCUGCUGAAGGCUGGACAGACGAGCGGUGUGGGGACACUGAUAGAGGGAAGAGAGAGGGUGGGGGCGGCAGGCGGAGGACGGAGCUCCCUUGUCGUUGUCGUCGGUGACGGUGGUACAGAUGGGUGCGACUCUCCUCAGCUGAACCGGCCACCGAUCCAUUAUCACCAGCGGCCAUCCAAUGCAGCCUGAAUCCAGCUGACCACAGUUGGAUAGCUCACAUCCUGCGAAUGACACUUUGCUCUCACUGGCACCAUGCUGCCCCGUAACUUGCGAACAGGUGGUUAUGACCUGCCGGGGGUGGAGUCAAGCGACGUGCCUCUCAUUGGCUACCGGCCCUUACCACCUGACAGCGGCACCCCGAGCAACCAAUCUGGGAGGGGGAGCGGCAGCGAUGAAUUGGAACCUUCACAGGCAGAGCCCUCACCGAUGAAGACUACGUGGUACUGUCCUCUGGAUCUGUCCACUGUGGUGGAGGAAGAGGAGGAUGGAGUGAUCUACACAGUGGUGGUCAGACAGCAGCAUGGUGCCCCCAAUAGUCCAAUGUCAGCAGUUUCUCGCUCCCAGUGUGUGAAAGCAGGGACAGAAGAGAAGCUGGUGCUCCACCUCCUCCACUCCUUUUCUAUGGGAGACUCCUCCUUCAUCACAAUCUUCCUUUCCACCUAUCGAUCCUUCACUUCCACAAAGAGAGUGCUGGACAUCCUCACUGAUAGAUUGGAGAACCCACCUGGGGACAGCGAGAAGAGCCAGAUGAGACAAGCGUUCAACAAAGCAGUGUGUACAGUCUUCAGCACAUGGCUCUCUGAGUAUCCUGAAGACUUUAAGAGUUUGGGAGAUCCCUCUCGCCUGCUGCGCCUGGUUACCCUCCUCCCCAAGGACUCCUCAUCUGCAGCCGACCUUCAUGCUCGCCUCCUCAGGAUAGCAGAGGAGCUCAGCGAGAAAGCCCUGCUCCCUGACGCACAUAAAGAUCAGAUCACCAGCCCUCCUCCUGACGCCUCCAAGUUUGAACCCACCAGCAUCCUGGGAUUCCCUGCAGCGCUCAUCGCUGAGCAACUCACCAAGAUAGAGGCAGAGCUGUUUGUCCGUCUGGUCCCGUACCACUGCCUUGGCUCAUUGUGGUCUCAGAGGGAUAAGAAAGGGAGGGAAGGCGUUUGUUGGUCCGUCCGGGCCACCAUACGUCAGUUCAACAAGUUGGCCAAUGCAGUUUUAGCAUCCUGCCUUUGGCCAACAAAGCUGCGCAGCCAGCAGAGAGCCCGACUGCUGGAGAAAUGGAUCAGCGUGGCAGAGGAGUGCCGAGCCAGGAAGAACUUCUCCUCCUUGUAUGCCAUUGUGUCUGCCUUGCAGAGUAACCCCAUCCAUCGGCUGAGGAAGACAUGGCAGGACACUGACAGGGAGGCAAUUAGGAGAUACGAGGAACUGUCAGAAAUAUUCUCAGAAAAGGACAACUACUCACAAAGCAGAGAACUGCUGAAGGAGGAGGGCACGUCAAAGUUCGCCAACCUUGACAACAGGCUCAACAACAGAAACCUGAAUAGGUCCAUAGCCCAGGGCACUGUGCCCUACCUUGGUAUCUUCCUCACAGACCUCACCAUGCUGGACACAGCGGUCAAAGACAGGUUGGAUAACGGCUACAUCAACUUUGACAAAAGGAGAAGGGAAUUUGAGGUUUUAGCUCAAAUCCGGCUCCUGCAGUCUUCCUGCAAAAACUGUGUUUUCAUCGCUGACGAGGCCUUCAUACAGUGGUACCAGAGUGUACCUACUCUGACAGAGGAGGAGAGUUACAGACUGUCCAAUGAAAUUGAAGCGCCUGGUGAGCCGAGCCCUCGUGGCCUUACUCCAACAGUCAUCAUCACACAGUGCCCAGACCUGAGUACCUCCCGGACCAGCCUGGCUGGUGACAGUGACAGCCUCUUUGACUUCCCCUCCCCUGUCAACAAUCUGCUCUCCAAACUCACAAAGCACAUGAAAUCUCCAUCUGUGUCCUGCCUGGAUGUUGACACAUCUCCUCCAACCAAUGAGUCCACCCCUGCCACGUUGACUCCAUCCACUCCCACAAAAUCACACCGCCGAUCAGCCUCCUGUGGCAACAACCCCCCCAAUAACAUCCAAGGGUCGGGGCCCGACAUGCGAAUCAUCAGGAUACGGAUGGACCUGCAGGAUGGAAACCUGUACCGAAGCAUACUGGUUACGAGCAAUGACAAGACUCCCACUGUUAUCAGCUCUGCCUUAGAAAAGCACAUUCAGGACCCCAAACAGGCGUCCAAAUAUGAGCUGAUACAACUUCUGCCUGAGGGAAAAGAUAGUGACAGUACUGAGAAGAGGCAACGAGGGGAGAGGAGAGGGGGAACGACAUACAAAAACAGUCCCCGCAUGAGGACGCGAUCCGGGGAUGUUGCGGUUCAUGCUUGGUCCCUUAACCUAACUGGUCAUCCCUGCUACAGGAAAUGUCUUCUACGCAAUGACGCCGUCCAGUGUUGACUUCCUGUUGAGAAGAAAAGGCGGGAACACUCCUCUGGGCUCACAGCCAAUCAGCACAGAGACGAGCGCCACUUUUCCUCGAAUCAAGGCCAAGGGGAGGAGACUGGUCAGGACUCUAUUUUGACAUCAGAUUUUUCUGAACCCAACUUCGUUCAUAUUGAUAGAUUUUUCUUGUAGUGCCGACAUGAAUGCGGGGUGAGUUCUCACAAACAGUAAAUGUGGCCUUCUCUGUGCAAGACAAACAUCUACAUAUGCCUCUCUCUCAUGCUCCUACAAAGCUUGUUCUACCAAAACACCAAGACCAAGUCUACUUGUGUUUCAAUGAACGACUCCAUAGCAGGUUUUGUCAAACAUUUCAGACCUCCAGCUGCCGUGCUGUGUUCACCAGAGCCAUCUGCUGCUGAAGAACGGUGUCAGUUUUCCUGUUUUCCAAACAGUAUGCAUUACUAAUACUUUUGGUGCUGGCUCUCGAGUCCCAUUCAGGUAGCACUUGAUGCAUUUAUUUCAUUCCAAAUCAAUGAAUAAGAUCUGUUUUAAUUGCUUAAAGCCACCAGGAAUUCCCUUGUUGUUGUGUGUCUCAGUCGUGAGUGACAUUUCCAAAUGUAAAAAGAAGAUUUAAUUGGUCAGAACUUCUGUGAUCCCAUGAGAUGCCGUUGAAGGAUUUAGGAUGGUGUUUUUUUAAGGGAAGAAGCAUAAUGAAAUCUUAAUAUACAGAGCCUAUCAGAUCUGGUUCUGGUAAACAGCACACAUGUGGAAGACCAAAAGAUACAGUGCAAGUGCAUCAUUGUAGCAAAACACUGGAGCUUGUCAAAUGAGACAUAGAUAUGUUUUGUAUAUAUUUAUAUAUUUUAUUAUACGUCUGUAUGAUGUCAACAUUGUGUUUACACUGGCAAGGAGCUCUAGGUCCAUGUGUCCAAAUUGUCCAGUAACUAAUUCAUCAAGGAAAAAUGCAUCAAACACCUGCAAGAUGUACACUUUAAACAGGCCAACAUGUGUCUACAGACAGUGAAAGUAAUUAUUUCAGCAUAAACAUAAAGCUACAACAAACAAUCAUUUUGUAUUAACAAUUAAUUAAAUUACUAUUCAUAUUGUGAAAGGGGCUGCUCGCUUGCUUAAAAAGAAUGAACUCAGAUAAACCCACUGUAUACUACCUGCCCAACAGCAACCAGCAGACACACAUCUAGCUGCGAGAGAGCCAGAUAUUUUUCUCAGGAGUUGCUAGAGACCAAACUAGACCUAAAAGGAGAGUGAUAUGCACUUAUUUUAUCAGAUGGAUAGAAAUAUAACAGCAGAUAAAUACUUCUUCUUCAGCUGGAUGUGUAUGUAGGUAGCUGUUCGCUAACACGUUAGCUGUAACAACUUUAUAAGGUGUUAAAAUGUCAUACAGCUCGUUUUGGAGUUCUUCAGACCCCUGGUGGCCAAAAAUGUAUUAUUGCAGCUUUAAAAACAACUUGAAGCACUUUUAAAGCAUGUGGCUUUGCUUUAGUUUAUCACUGCAAUACCAAAACCAUAAGGAAAACAAUAAGGAAAAUCAAAACAAUACACCACCAUUAUUAGCUUUAAGGUUUUCCAGGUCUGACACUUUUUAACAGAGUUUAAGUUUAACUUAAUUUAUGCCAAUUUUUACGCAGCUCAGCGGGAUACAUCUUUACUGCUGUUUACAUACAGUACAAUGCCUGAGCUCCAAUUUCAUGUUAUGAAUUAACAUGUUAACUUCAGUAUAGGUUUAAAACACACAGCCUCUUUGAAAAAAGUCUGGUCUUUGAUGAAGUCCUGUGACCCCUGGUUGUACCUGCUCAGUGCUGGUGAGGCCUUCUUACUGGCUGAGGCACAAGCGUAGCGGGACCAGGGAGAGGAUUCUUCAGAUGAUGUGUGCUAGCGUUAUGCUGUUACUGAUUGUUUUAGUGCCUUUCUCUACAGGAUUCUCAUCUUUCCUCAUGUUUUCAUUAGAAUGUAUACAGUAUAAAUGGAGGAAAAAGCAGUCACCUUCAGUGCUGUGUAGUGUCACAUCAAAGCUAUUUAUGCACUACAUGCAGGAUGUCUUAUUUUUGUGGUAAUAAAUUUACUUUUAUAUGAA